AAUCUCCUUGUGAUGUUUUACAAUGAAGGCAUAACCUCCAAUUGCAAGAUCAUACUUAAAACUUUUGAGAAAUAUAGUGUUGAUUAACACUGCCCUCUUAAAGUUCACUGUAUUUUUCUAGAGAUCACCAGUGAGGGAAUAUGAGAUAAAGCUUAAUGGAGUGAAGACUUUGAUGACCUCUUGUUCCUGUCCAUUGGCCACUGUGGACUUCAGCCUACCCCUCUCCCCCCUCCCAGCUGUAAUUAUAUCCUCCUUCCCCUAGUAUCUAAUGAAAAUUCUGCAACCAUGACUUUGAAUGAAAGUUCACUGGAGCAAAUAGAAUAUUAAAGAGCCAGAAUUCUAUCCUUGUAGUAAACAUCAGCCAGCUGAAAGUCUUCCAGCCAUAUACCAUUCAUGAUAGUCCAGCUCUUUGCUACUUAUUCAUACAAGGAUGGGAGAGUCUCUAAAAUAUUUUAGCCUGUCCACGUAUCUUGGGAAUCAAUAAUACUGUCAGUGAGAACUCCGUGUUUGAAUCCUGAAGAUAGCUUUUAGACUCUGAAAGUUGCUGGGCCUAAAAGGGUGAACAACAUAUGCAAUAAUGUUGCCUCAAAAGAGGGGUGAGACCCCUGAGACACAAAGUAGAACUUUACAAGUUAAGAAUACUUUUCAAACCAGUCUGUCAGCCUGGAAAGUAAAACAGAAACCUAGUGACUCAAAGACCAUCUUGAAACAAAAUCCAGUGGAAGCUCAUGAAUAUAUGGAUGUUCAAGCUGAAGACACACUGCAAAUAGCACUGCAAUACUUUGAGAAAGGUCCCAUUAAAACUUCAUCCAAGAAAGAUAAAAUUUUGGAAAAACACUUGAAAAUGGUGGAAACUGUGGCUUGGAAAAAUGGAUUAGCUCCAGAAGCAAUAGAUGUUUUAUUGAAUGUGGCACUCGGUGGCAAAUUUGGAAAUGCUGUAAACACACGGCUAUUGAAGUGUAUGAUUCCAACAAAUUUAAUUUCAGAAGAUUCUGUAAUUAAGGCGGUCUCCUGGCUCUGUGCUGGAAAGUGCUCUGGUAGCACCAAGGUACUAUUUUAUCAGUGGCUGGUUGCAAUGUUUGACUUCAUUGAUCAUAAGGAACAAAUUAACUUGCUUUAUGGCUUCUUUUUUGCUUCAUUGCAAGAUGAUGCACUCUGUCCUUAUGCUUGCCAUUUGUUAUAUUUACUUACCAAAAAAGAAAAUGUUAAACCAUUCCGUGUGAGAAAACUACUUGAUCUUCAGGCCAAAAUGGGACUGCAACCACAUCUCCAAGCUUUGUUGUCACUGUAUAAGUUCUUUGCUCCUACUUUGAUUUCUGUGUCUUUACCUAUGAGGAAGAAGGUCUACUUUAAGAAUUCAAAGGCUCUGUGGAAUUCAGCUGUGCUUGCUGUGAGACUUAGAAACCAGAGCCCUUUUUCAGAGCCCCUAAAACUGACUUUAAAUCCAGCUAAUUUCAAUCCUUUAAAAAGAAAAUGGAAUUCUCGUUCAGUUAUACCAGUGCUGAAUUCUGGUAGCUGCACUAAAGAAUGGGGAAAGAAGGAGAUGAGUCUUUCUGAGUGUCUCAGUUGUGAUAGAUUACUUCCCCCAGAAAGGCUUCAGAGCUUCCCUCUACUCUUACAAAAUAUUCAUUGCUUAGAGCUGCCCUCUCAGAUGGGCUCAGUGCUACACAGCUCUCUGCUACUACACUACAUUAACUGUGUCAGAGAUGAAUCACUCUUACUGAGGCUGUACCACUGGUUGAGUCAGACAUUACAAGAAGAAUGUAUUUGGUAUAACGUGAACAGUUAUGAACAGAGAAAAGAGUUUACCAACUUGCUAGACACCGUCAUCAGGGCGGAAUGCUUCUUACAAGAGGGGUUUUAUUCCUGUGAAGUUUUCGUGUAUAAGAGCAUUCCUCUUUGGGAUGGCCUCUGUUGUCGGUCACAGUUCCUUCAACUUAUGAGCUGGAUUCCUUUUAGUAGCUUCUCUGAGAUGAAGCCACUACUUUUUGACCACUUAGCACAGCUUUUCUUUACAUCAACCAUUUAUUUCAAGUGUAGUGUUCUUCAGACCCUGAAAGAGCUACUACAGAAUUGGCUGUUAUGGCUCUCUGUGGACAUCCACAAGAAGCCUGUGAUGAGCAGUCCUCUGGAGACCACUUUGGGUGCAUCCAUGAACUCAGUAGCUAAACUGAUCCACUAUGUAGGAUGGCUGUCCACUGCUGCAAUGCGCUUGGAGAGCAACAGUCCUUUCUUGCUACACUUUAUUUUGGAUUUCUAUGAGAAGGUAUGUGAUAUAUAUGUAAACUAUGACCUUCCGUUAGUGGUGUUGUUUCCUCCUGGGGUCUUCUAUUCUUCACUUCUCAGCCUGGAUGCCAGUACUUUGAACCAGCUUUCCUUUAUUAUGCACAGGUAUCAUAAAAAUUUGAUUGCUGCAAAGAAGAAUGAAUUAGUACAAAAGACAAAAUCAGAGUUCAGUUUCAGCACCAAGACUUUUCAACAGUUUAAUCACUAUUUGACAGCCAUGAUUGGUUGCCUGUGGACAUCAAAACCCUUCGAGAAAGGAAUGUAUAUUGACCCCAAAAUCCUAGAAAAAACUGGAGUAACAAAAUAUAAAAACAGCUUAAAUUUAGUCCAUCACCCUUCUCUAUUGAGCUAUGCUGCUUUCUUUUUGCUACAGGAAAGCCCAGAAGAAAGGACAAUGAACAUAAGCUCUAUUCGGGAGAAGAAAUGGCACUCAUAUUUGGAGUAUUUAUUUUCAGAGGGAUUCCAUGGCUUGAAAUUUUUCAUAAGAAGUAGUAUUCAUCAUUCUGUCUCUUGAUCAGAAAGCAUAACCAUAAAUCAGUAUUAAAUAAUGAUAAUUGACAUAAACAAAUAGCAUGCUGGACUAAAUCCUUUCUUGUUGCCAGAGGGGCCAGCUAGCUUAACUUGAGUUUCUAUAUCUAGUUAGUGAAUAGUUGUAAAUAGAGAAAAGAGUUUCUCUGUUAGAGUUCAUUUACUAACUGGACUGCUGUUUUCAAGAAGUACUUAGACUGGUUUUUGAUCAUGGCUUAGGGGAAUACUGAUACCACAACCUUAAUAAAGUACCUUUAUUUUUCAGGAGUUAUAUUUUUAGCCUACUUUAAAAAAAAUCACCUUAUCAGGCUUUUUCUUUCACCAAAUUAUACAUGAUGAGACACAUAUGCUUUGUUAUGGGAUGUUUUUUAAUAUUUUUGUGUACUAUAAGUUGCAUUGAUGGAAUACAGUGUAUGAUACACAGUGGUAUUUAAUUCAUAGACUUGCAAAAUAUUCUCCCUCAGUGAAAACUACCAUGAUUGCCAUCUUAUAGGAACAGUGCCAGCACCAAAUUAAUGGAAUACAGAGCUUAUGACUCUUUAAGAGCCUGAAAUAGCUGAUGGCUUCUUAUGCCUUUAACUGAUAAAAUUGUAUUGGGGGAAGGAAGGAGAGAGAACUAUGGGCAUAAUCAAGACAUUUCUAUUAAUGGUGGUUUGAUUUCAUGAGACUGUUGUAUUUUGUUUUUGUGUAUAUGUGUAUACCUAGUUUUUAAAUAUUCAAGUCUGUACACUUGUAUCUUUAU